AUGAACGAAAUCAAAGAGAAAGCUCUCGAGUCGAAUAUCUCGCCUAUUGAUGCUAAAUCAGCGGAUGGCUCAACCACGUCCCCAGUUUCACGCGAAGAGACCAAUAUCGAAGCCCACUCGAAGACAUGGGAGAAAUCUGGAUUCAAAGGUUCUUCCCGUCGAUUUCUACGAAAGAUUCAAGGUUAUGUCUGGGACGAUCCAGACAAACCAGCCAUCGAAAAGCGUUUCCUUCUCAAACUGGACUUUUUCCUCCUCUCGUAUGGAUGUCUUGGAUACUUCUGCAAAAAUCUUGAUCAAGCGAAUCUGAGCAAUGCAUACGUUUCCGGCAUGCAAGAAGCUCUUAAUAUGAAAGGAAGUCAGCUGACAUAUUUGGGAAAUGUAUUCACAGCUGGCUAUGUGAUUAGUCAAUUACCUGCUGUAAUUCUCGUUACGAACGUUCGCCCAUCAAUCUUGAUUCCUACUCUUGAAGUAUUCUGGUCUAUCUUCACUUUUUGCAGCGCGGCUGUUACCAAUGUGCCACAGCUGUACGCCUUGAGGUUUCUUAUCGGACUUUGUGAAGGAGCUUUUUUCCCUUGCAUCAUAUAUGUGAUUGGGUCAUGGUACACAAAACAAGAAAGAGCAAAGCGUGUGACCUUGUUCUAUUGUACGACCACGUUAGCCGCUAUGUUUAGUGGUUACCUUCAAGCAGCAGCAUAUGACAAUUUGAGCGGACAUCUCGGGCAUGCUGGAUGGCAAUGGCUGUUCAUCAUAUGCGGUACCAUAAGUCUUCCAGUGGGUGUCAUCGGGUAUUUCUUCAAUCCAGAUUUUCCCGAAACCACUCGAGCUUUCUAUCUCACGGAGACUGAGAUUGAGUUAGCUAAAGAAAGACUCGUUCGGGAUGGAUACAACACUCUUGGAUCGUCGGCUUGGGAUAAGAAGAAGAUUUUUCGAAUGAUGGCACAAUGGCAAUUUUGGGUUUUACCUGCUGGUUAUUUCUUCAUCCAAGCUAGUCUCCCAUCUCAGCAGCCAGCAUUUGCUCUGUGGCUGAAGUCCAAAGGGAACUCAGUCUAUGACAGGGAUGUUCUCCCAACAGCCCAAGCCGGGAUUGGUGUCAUUGUCCAAAUUGUAGCCGCCAUGAUUUCCGAUUCCAACUUCUUGCACGGAAAACGUUGGCAACCAAUAAUAGUGAUGCAACUUGGUACAUUCUUUAGUGCAGUUGUAUUAGCUAUCUGGACUGUGCCUAUAAAGUUAAAAUUCGUCGCAUUUUAUCUUGCAUAUUUCUCGGCCGGAGUGCCCGGUAUUUGGUUUUCUUGGUAUCCGGAUCUUAUGGCUCAUGAUCAUGAAAUGAGAGGAUUUUUAAUUGCAACAAGUAACAUGUUUGGUUAUAUUAUGCAGAUUUGGUACUCAGAUGCAGUGUGGAGAACUGCAGAGGCACCCAGGUUUCGUCCGGGCUGGAUUGCUGCAGCGACUUUUGGGGUUGCAAUUUCUUUGACCGCCUUAUUGACGAGAUUUCUUGAGAGAAGAGAUGAAAAAAAAGGGAUUGGAGCUUUUAGUGCUAGGCCAAACGACUCGGAGAAUCCGAGAGAUCUUGCGUCAAUGGAAACUCCCUGA